CUCCCGAAUCCAGCGCCACAGGGUGUAGGGAGGAUCCAAACCCACAGAUCUGUGCACGAAUUGUUUGUUGCGCGCGUGGAAAGUUGACGGACUGUUUCCCCCCACGUAUCCUGCAUUGUUUUGUCAUACACUUUGUGCCUCGGAGCGAGUUGGGAUGACCUAUUUUUGGAAAAGGUUGAAGACUUUUUAAGUGAAAACUUUGUGGACGAGGCUUAAUUCCCUCGCAAAUUACAGGAGACAGUCGUCGUACACAAUCUGCAGAAUAAGGUGGUGUGGGACGUUGAAUGUCACUUGCAUCCUGUUGUGUGACAUGGCACAGCGAGUAGAGCUGCUUACUUUUAAAUGGAGACCAGCUCCGGGAGAGGAUAAAUUGCGUGCCAAGUAGUGAAGCUCUGCUGCUUUUGGGAGCGAUCCUGCGGCUCUUCCCGACUGAAAGACGAGAACAAGCCGAGAGAGAUGGAACCGCUUCAGUGCGUGGGACUCAUAGCACUUUUGUGCACAGUGGUGGACAGCAAGGCCAUCCUGGAGGGCCUACAGAGGUACAACGCUAUGCCAAUCUAUCUGCCUGUCAGCUACCGGAUCCUUAAUGCUGAGUCAGCUUUCUUCCUACAGGAGGCAAACCAGGAUUUAAUGAGGAAUUCUAGCCUGCAGGCUCGUACAGAGUCCUUCUUCAUCCACCAGGCUCGGCAGAUGCCCUUUGUCAAUGCUAGCUACGGGCCACUGUCCGUGCAGCAGCCUAUCCCGCUAGAGAUGCUUCAGACGCAACCCGGGCCAUUUAAUAUGCCCCCUUUCAGUCUAUCAUCAGUUCCAACAUCUCCGUCGCUGUUACCACUUUUUACAUUUAACUGGAAAGUUCAUACUUACAUCAUUAAUGAAAGGGUCCACCCCAGCUGGCCGAAAGUCCAAGUGUUGUUCUACAUUGCAGGCAGGGACUGGGAUGAUUACAGUGCCAUUCAAAAGCUGCCCUGCAUCAGGAUGUUUGCAUUUCAUGAGACUCAAGAGGUGAGGGGGGCAUGCAGGCUGAAAGGGGAACUGGGAAUUUGUGUUGCUGAGCUGGAACCCCUCGCAAGCUGGUUCAGUCCACCCACUGUCAGACCAGGUAGGCAGAAGGUAUCAGACCAGACACAAGGAACUCCUGUGGAGCUUUACUACAUUGUUCAAACUACCAACACUGAGGACUGCAAUGCUGAGGACUCACGAAAAGGCAGUGCUAUUCGUAUGGAGCAACGGGGUCCCCGAGGCUAUUCUGCUGGGCACACACCUAUGCAACGUAUCGGGAGCGUUAGGCUCUUUCAGCCACUAUCGGAACUCAAACUGGACAGCAACUUUUUGGUCAUGGUACCCUCAAAACCUAUCCGACAGAGAGAAACUCUUUCAGCUUUUUUGGCUCUGUCUGCCCUUUCUACAGUGCAGAUCUUCACUCUCAGGGUGAAGCUGAAAGAUGGAGUGGCAUUCCUGGGGGCAAGAGCCAGUAACCCAGUAUUAUGGACGGUGAGUCAGGAUGUCAGAAGUGAAGGUCACAGAGUCGUGACCCUGCACUGCCGAAAAAAGGAGAACAGCUUCGGUCAAAGAGGGGAGGCAGUGGGCUACCAGCGAGUGUUGCAAGUGGAUCUGGAGGUGAACGGGUUGAUGGUUCCUGAGGGUGGCAGAGAGGUGACUUGGCAGGUGGAGUACCCACUCACCCGCACCCAGACGAGUGAGGUGCAGACACUCAUCCGCCUGGCACCACAGGAUUUAGGCGGCAUUGUACCACUAGCAAUGGACACAGAGAUCCUCAACACAGCCGUUCUCAAUGGUCGUACAGUCGCCGUGCCCGUGAAGGUCGUCACCGUGGGAACAGAUGGGGCAGUCUCGGAUGUAACCGAGUCGGUGGAAUGCAGGUCAACAGAUGAGCAAGUUAUCAAGGUGUCAGAGAGAUGCGACUACGUGUAUGUCAAUGGAAAAGAAACACGGGGAAAGAGCAAGGUCCUGCUCAACUUCACCUACAGUUUCCUAAGUGCACAGCUGGAGAUGAGCGUGUGGAUGCCCCGCCUGCCUUUGCUCAUCGACGUGGCCGACCCUGAACUCAGUCAGGUCAAGGGAUGGAGGGUUCCUGUCGCUACGGGACAGAAGAGGUAUGAUGACAAGGAGGAUGACAACAAAGGCGAGAGGAGAACAGAAAACUCUUGCGCACCCCAGUACCAGAGCACCACCCUUCAAGUUCUCACACAUUUUGUAUCCGAAAGUGAAGAGAUCCAAGAUGCUGGUGACGAAGAUGAGCAAGGCCAGCACAAAUUCUUGUUGGGUAGCGACUGGCAAGUGGAUGUGACCCAAUUGGUGAGGGACUUUCUGAGGAUGGAUGACCCAAAAAUUGCUCAAUUGUGGGAAGGCCAAGUCAUAAUUGGUAGAAGCACAGGAAUGACCAAAAUACAGGUAUUGUCUCCUCUGACGUCAUUGGUCCUGGCUGAGAGGAGUAUCAAGGUGCUAGAUGAUAAAGUGAGUGUGACAGAGCUGGGAGUACAGUUAGUUUCUGGACUCUCGCUAUCCCUGAACCUCAGCCCAGGGAGCAAUAGUGCCAUUGUCGCCACUGCAACUACGCAGGAAGUCAUCGAAGCGCCUCAACAGGAGUCCUUCAUCAGUGCCUGGCUACAGUUCAGCGAUGGAUCGAUGACUCCACUCGAGAAUUACAACCCGGCCCAUUUCACACUGACUGCGACCACGCUGGACGAGCGGGUAGUGGUGGUAAAGAGCAAUGCAGCCUGGAAGUGGCCGGUCGUCAUGGCAAAGGGUGAAGGUCAAGGUUUACUCGUACGUGUUGAAAUGAGCAUGUCCGAGAUGUGCCAGAAUGGAAAGAAGCGAACCAGUUUAGCCUCUGGCAUGGCCAACGUACAGGUGAGGUUUGGAGGACCAGAGGAGCUCUAUAAGUAUUCAGGAGAGCGGCGUACACGACCCGAUACUCCUCACUAUGGUGGAUCCAUAUCUGAUAUGGAAACUGGGCUAAUUAACCGUGGAGCUACAACCAUUAGGGGCCACGUCCCAGUGAGGGCCAAUGGAGGGCGUCAUUCUGCCGGCACUGGGGAAAAAAUCCAAAGUGAAUUUUCAGACUUUCCAAACCAGGCUGAGCAUCCACGUAGUCGCAGCACUGAUGACGAUCUGCCAACCCGAAGAGCCAUGACCGACCUGGAGAUCGGUAUGUACGCCCUAUUAGGAGUCUUCUGCCUGGCCAUCCUGGUAUUCCUCAUUAAUUGCAUCUCUUACACAUACAAGUACCGAAGCAAGCACCUGUCCCUUGAGGCACCAGAGACAAUGUCCCAUUCUCAUGAUUGGGUUUGGCUUGGACAAGAAGAGGGCCUAUGCUUGCAGCAACAGCAACCGGACGAGCUUGGUGGAACCCCCGAGGAAGGAAGCCAACUGUUAAACGGAGGGGCUUUGCAUGGAAAUUCCUGUGCUGGAGGAUCUCGGGAUCACAGGAAUGAGUCUCUUAACUCCCCUACAACCAAGAGAAAGAAGGUGAAAUUCACCACAUUUUCCAAAAUUAAAGCUAGUAAUGGAUGUCCUGUUCUUAGCCCGUUAGCGUUAAUGCAAACCAGUGAGAUUAAGUGGGUAUGUCCGGACAUUGAGCUAGGGGACUCCAAGGAUCUUAGAAACUACAUGGAAAAGUUGAAUGAGAACGCUAUCAAGAACAUUGCUUAGAAGAUUGUCGGUGAUUCAGUGAACUUAAGUGAAACUCACCUGAAUGCCUUCAGAAUGAAGAAAGGAAGGGGAAAAAAAGGUGAUGAAGAAACCAAACUAUGGCUCUCGUUUCACUGUAUCUCAACCAUGCACUGGGCUAAAACUUUGGACAUGUGCCAGCCCUAAGAAAAGGAAGAGCGACUGACAACAAUAAGUUAUUUGCCACAGCACCACGACAAAAGACAAAGUGUGAACUUGAUAUUGUUGCUUAACGUAAAUGUUUGUUCUUUGUAUUUAACUGAAGUUCCGUUUCAUAUUCUGUGCGUCCUGUACUUUGAUUUUGUUUUGUUCUUUUUGUAUCAUCUUUCUUUCAAUCGUAUUGUAUUGUUUGUGCUAUGUUUGCUUUGGCAGAGUUGCUGUACGCCCUGUACCGCAAAUUGGCAAAUACAGAUUCUUGGAGGAAUUUUCUACCUAUAUAAUUGCAAAGUUUUUAUUUAGAGGUAUUAUAUGUACAGUAACAGUUUGUAUAAAGACAUUUUCUCCGGGUUUUGCUUUCUCUCUAGAAGCCAGAUCAAUGCAUGAUAUUCAGUAUGGGGGGGUGUGUGUUAGAUCUGGUACCUGGAAUGAAGGUGUGUAGAUAAGAAAUCGCCCUGGAGACUUGUCAGUAUUAUUGCAGUGACACAUUGUAAAAAUGAGUUUUAUUUUGGCUUCUGUAUAUCCUUAUCCCCUUUGUGUUUUGGAUCCCCUUUUAAUCUUUUACUUUGUUCAGUUGAAGUCAAAUAAUUGGACUGAUUUUAAUAGAAUAUGCAUUAGGAAACCUCAUGUUUUGGAUAUAGAGCAUUAUAGACAAUCUCUUCUUCAUAAGAUAUCAGUCCAAUGUACCAUCUGUAUGGCUCAAAUUACAUACCUGAAGAACUGUAUGUGACAUUUUGGAUUCUUGAAAAACAGUCAUGACUGUGAAUAAAAAAAACAAUCACUAACUGUGAAAUGUGACCUC